CCAGUCUUUACAAUGAUUAUCUCGCAUCCAUGUGAUAACCAUAUCCUUGACAUCAGCAUUAGCUCGCUCAACGCUGCCCUGACUCUGGGGGUGUCGAGGUUUACCAUGAACAAUUUUACAUUCCGGCCAUAAGUUUUUAAGCUCACUAAUGAUGUUUGCAGUGAAUUCGGCACCAUUAUCACUUUGGAGGAUGUUUGGAGCUCCGAAAAGUAGGAAGAUAUCAAGUAUUUGCAUUGCUACUUCAUAUGCACGCUUUGAUAAAGCCAGUUCGACGAUUCCAGUAUAAUGAAGCUUGUUAGAAGAAUGAAACAGGCUUUCAUAGUAAAACCAGAGAGUAUCUCUGGGACAAAUGAGGAUUACAUCAGGUCCUCAAUCCCGUCCGGAGAAUUUAACGACAAUUACGGCUUUUCAUCAAGGCAAAGGGAACUAAACGCACACUUAAACACCACUAGAUUUUCAUCAGACACGAGAAACAGUAAUAGCUACCAAUUCACCGGUCGUAAGAUUGGAUAUGCCAUAUUCAUAAUUAAUUGUAAGUUUGAUGCGCAAAGCGAGCGUCCAUUUGCUGACCUAGACUGUAAGAAUAUGAAGAAACUGUUCGAGCAACUAGGAUUUGAGAUAAAGAUGUUAGAAAAUAAUUCUAGCGAGGAACUGCUCCAAAACCUGAAAGUUAUAAGAAAUUCAAUAGGCAGGGAUCAUGACUGUAUGACGUGUAUAAUCAGCUCACAUGGUUGUGAAAUUCCCACACGUAACAACGAGAGACAACACGUAAUUUUUACUAAGGACAGCACUGUGUUGACAGAAGAUAUACUACACAACUUUGGUGACGAUGAAUGUAAAAAUUUAGUUGGAAAGCCUAAAAUGUUUUUUAUUCAGGCAUGUCGAUGUGUUGGUGGUGUUUCAAAGACUAGUGAUAUUGACAAAGGAUUUGAUAUUCAAGAUAAAUCUGCAAAAUGCAAUGCAGUUUCAUCUACAGAGAAUAUGAACGAAGAAUCUGUUUUCCAAAUACCAUGUGAUGAGGAUUUUUUGGUUAUGUUUACCUGUUCCUCUGGCAGACUGGGUAUAUCCGAUCCAAGUAAAGGAGGAUGGCUCAUGUACUGUCUGUUUCACGUAUUUGAGAAAUUAUUAGAUACCAACUACGAACAAGAUUUUCUUCAGAUUUUAACCAGAGUAUGUGGGAAAAUGGCUCGAGAAUUAGUAGCAAAGUCUGAAAGUGUCAAAGAAUAUGAUAAGACAAAAUCCGCAGCCGUCAUCUAUCAUAUGCUAACCAAAGACUUAUAUCUGAAACCAAAGUAAUUUCGUUGUGUUGGUGGUACUUUUAUAUGAACUAUUAUUCCAACUCGAUAAAAAAAAAACUUAGUGUUUUCUUGCAGACAUGUUUUUAAUAUGUACUUUGCUUUUCUUCUGUUUUUUCAGUUGCAGUUCUUUUUAAUCUUUCAAAGGCAGAUAACAGAUUUAAUUACUCUUUUUAAUAUGUUUUUAGUCAAAUAAAGUGCUUUGAUACA